AUGGGGCAAAUUCUGGACAGGCUCGAGUCCUUUGGUGAAUUCGAGAUUUUACAUUUUGGGGAUAAAGUCAUUCUUGAAGAUUCAAUUGAAAGCUGGCCCAUUUGUGAUUGUUUGAUUGCUUUUCAUUCCUCUGGAUAUCCUCUUGAAAAGGCUCAGGCAUAUGCUGCUUUAAGAAAGCCAUUUUUAGUGAAUGAACUAGAUCCACAGUAUCUUCUUCAUGAUCGCCGCAAGGUGUAUGAGCACCUUGAGAUGUAUGGCAUCCCAGUUCCUAGGUAUGCUUGUGUCAACAGAAAAGUACCAAAUCAAGACCUCGAUUAUUUUGUCGAGGAAGAAGAUUUUGUUGAGGUUCAUGGUGAACGCUUCUGGAAGCCAUUUGUAGAAAAGCCUGUCAAUGGAGAUGACCAUAGUAUCAUGAUAUACUACCCUAGCUCCGCAGGUGGAGGCAUGAAGGAAUUGUUUCGCAAGAUCGGGAAUCGAUCAAGUGAAUUUCAUCCUGACGUCAGAAGAGUUAGGAGAGAGGGUUCCUAUAUAUAUGAGGAGUUUAUGGCUACUGGAGGAACUGAUGUCAAGGUUGUCUACACAGUGGGUCCUGAAUACGCACAUGCUGAAGCAAGAAAGUCGCCUGUCGUUGAUGGUGUUGUUAUGAGGAAUACAGAUGGCAAGGAAGUGAGAUAUCCAGUGUUGCUUACACCUGCCGAGAAGCAGAUGGCUAGAGAAGUUUGCCUUGCAUUUAGGCAAGCGGUCUGUGGGUUUGAUCUUCUACGAUCUGAGGGAUGUUCAUAUGUUUGUGAUGUAAAUGGAUGGAGUUUUGUCAAGAAUUCUUACAAGUAUUACGACGAUGCUGCUUGUGUGCUAAGAAAAAUGUGUUUGGAUGCAAAAGCUCCGCAUCUUUCCUCGACUCUUCCUCCCACUUUGCCAUGGAAGGUCAAUGAACCUGUACAACCUAAUGAAGGACUAACCCGCCAAGGCAGUGGCAUCAUAGGCACUUUUGGGCAAUCAGAAGAGCUACGCUGUGUCAUUGCUGUUAUUCGACAUGGCGAUCGAACUCCCAAACAGAAGGUGAAACUAAAGGUUACAGAGGAAAAACUGUUAAACCUGAUGUUGAAGUACAAUGGUGGGAAGCCAAGAGCUGAGACCAAACUUAAAACUGCCGUCCAGUUGCAAGACCUAUUAGAUGCCACAAGAAUGUUAGUUCCCCGUACAAGACCAGGUCGUGAAAGUGAUAGUGAUGCAGAAGACCUUGAACAUGCGGAGAAGCUUCGGCAAGUUAAAGCAGUUCUUGAAGAGGGUGGACAUUUCUCUGGUAUAUACAGGAAAGUUCAACUGAAGCCGCUGAAGUGGGUUAAAAUACCAAAAAACGAUGGUGAAGGCGAAGAUGAAAGACCAGUAGAGGCUCUUAUGGUACUGAAAUAUGGGGGUGUUCUAACACACGCUGGUAGAAAGCAGGCGGAAGAACUAGGUAGAUUCUUUCGAAACAAUAUGUAUCCAGGUGAAGGGACUGGUUUACUUCGUCUCCAUAGUACAUACCGUCAUGACCUUAAAAUUUACAGCUCUGACGAGGGACGUGUUCAGAUGUCUGCAGCUGCUUUUGCUAAAGGCCUGCUUGACCUAGAAGGACAGCUGACGCCAAUACUGGUUUCUUUGGUUAGCAAGGACUCUUCCAUGUUGGAUGGUCUUGAUAAUGCCAGCAUUGAAAUGGAAGCGGCCAAGGCUAGAUUGAAUGAGAUUGUAACGUCUGGUACAAAGAUGAUACACGAGCAUGGCUCCUCUGAAGAAUUCCCUUGGAUGACCGAUGGAGCAGGACUUCCUCCAAAUGCCCACGAACUCCUCCGUGAAUUGGUGAAAUUAACUAAGAAUGUGACUGACCAAGUAAGACAACUUGCAAUGGAUGAGGACGAGAACCUCACUGAGCCAUAUGAUAUAAUUCCUCCAUAUGAUCAAGCAAAAGCCCUUGGCAAGACUAACAUUGAUAGUGAUCGGAUUGCUUCUGGAUUACCGUGUGGUAGUGAAGGGUUCCUUCUGAUGUUUGCUCGGUGGAUAAAACUUGCAAGGGAUCUCUACAAUGAAAGAAAAGACCGAUUUGACAUCACGCAGAUUCCGGAUGUCUAUGAUUCAUGCAAGUACGACCUGUUGCAUAAUUCUCAUCUGGAUCUAAAAGGAUUAGAUGAACUCUUCAAAGUUGCACAGCGGCUUGCAGAUGGUGUAAUCCCAAAUGAGUAUGGAAUCAAUCCGCAACAAAAGCUUAAAAUUGGUUCGAAGAUUGCUCGGCGGUUAAUGGGGAAAAUCUUGAUAGACUUGAGGAACACUCGAGAGGAAGCAUUGAGUGUUGCUGAAUUGAAAGAAAGCCAAGAACAAGUCACUCGAGAAGAAGCGAUGAGUGUUGCUGAAUUGAAAGAAAGCCAAAAACAAGCCGCCUUGUCAUUAUCUGCCUCGAAAAAGGAAGAUAGAAAUAGUCAGCCCAAGCUUUUUAUCAAUAGCAGCGAUGAUUUGAGACGACCCGGCACAGGUGAUAAAGAUGAAGAUGAUGAUAAAGAAACUAAAUACCGAUUAGAUCCAAAGUAUGCAAAUGUCAAGACACCUGAACGUCAUGUGAGGACUCGACUAUACUUCACAUCUGAAUCGCAUAUUCAUUCGCUGAUGAACGUACUUAGAUACUGUAACCUGGACGAAUCACUUGAAGGAGAGGAAAGUCUCAUCUGCCAAAACGCAUUGGAACGUCUUUGCAAAACAAAGGAACUCGAUUACAUGAGCUACAUUGUCCUAAGGCUCUUUGAAAACACCGAGGUAUCACUUGAAGACCCCAAGAGGUUCCGGAUUGAACUUACAUUCAGCCGUGGAGCUGAUUUGUCUCCCUUGGAGAAUAAUGACGACGAGGCAGAGUCAUUGCUAAGGGAACACACGCUUCCGAUAAUGGGACCAGAGAGGCUGCAAGAGGUUGGUUCAUGUUUAACACUGGAGACUAUGGAGAAAAUGGUUCAUCCGUUUGCUAUGCCACCUGAAGAUUUCCCUCCGGCCUCGACUCCGGUUGGUUUCUCAGGUUACUUCUCCAAAAGCGCCGCCGUGCUCGAGCGUCUAGUUAACCUGUUCCACAACUACAAGAACUCUUCUUCCAACGGAAAAAGCUGA